AAAGUACCCAAACGGUAGAUUUUGAUUUUCAAACACUUUUGUUCUCUCUAUCCUACCUGAAUUCGAAUCAGAGAGAUUAGAAGACGAAGAGAGACAUUUUCUUUAGGAAUGGAGACAAUCAGGAAGCAAGCUUCUAAGCUCAGAGAACAAGUGGCCAGACAGCAACAGGCUGUUCUGAGACAAUUUGGUGGAGGUGGUGGUUAUGGAGGUUCAGACACUCUAAUAACCGACGAGGAAGAGUUUCAUCGGCAUCAGAAUCUGGAGAAGCUUUACAUCUCAACACGCUCUGCUAAGCAUUUUCAACGAGAUAUUGCCCGUGGUGUACAAGGAUAUAUCGUGACAGGAUCCAAACAAGUCGAAAUAGGUACUAAGUUGUGUGAGGAUAGUAGGAAAUAUGGUUCGGAUAAUACAUGUACAAUUGGUGAUACACUAACAAGAGCUUCACUCAGCUUCGCAAAUGCUCGAGCCUUUAUGGAGAAAGAGCGCGCAAAUCUCUUGAAGACUCUUGGCACACAGGUCGCUGAGCCAUUAAGGGCAAUGGUAAUGGGAGCUUUAUUGGAAGAUGCUCGACAUCUAGCACAACGGUAUGAUCGGAUGCGACAAGAAGCUGAAACUCAGACUAUCGAAGUAUCGAGACGGCAAGCUAAAGUUAGAGAGAAUCCUAGUAAUCCCGAACUAGUAAUGAAGCUGGAAUCUGCUGAAGCCAAACUACAAGACCUUAAUUCAAAUAUGACAAUAUUGGGGAAGGAAGCAGCUUCUGCCAUGGCUGGAGUGGAGGAUCAACAGCAAAACCAAACUCUUCAGCGGCUAUUAACUUUGGUUGAAGCAGAGCGUAGUUACCAUCAAAGGAUCCUUGAGAUUAUUGAACGGCUCGAAGGAGAGAUGAGACUUGAGCAACAAAGAAUCGAAGCACCUCAAACUCCACAAGUAGAGAACAUCACAUCUUCGCCUCCACCUUCAUAUCAAGAAUCCAAUAAUGGAGUCGAUACUUCUCAAAUGCAUAAUGGUACAUCAGACGCCAUGGGAUACUUCUUAGGAGAGGUCAUGUUUCCGUAUCAAGCUGAUUCAGAUUUUGAGCUCAGCAUAUCAGUUGGAGACUACGUUGUUAUCAGAGAGGUAGCGAGUAGCGGGUGGGCAGAAGGAGAAUGUAAAGGCAAAGCGGGUUGGUUUCCUUACGACUACAUCGAAAGAAGGGAUCGUGUCCUUGCAACUAAGGUCAUCGAGGUCUUGUAGUGGAUUCUUUUGGUGGGCUUCGGUGGUUCUUGGAACACUAGUUUCAAUUAUCUCCUUGAAGAAACUUGGUGUUUUUUUUCUUUUUGCCAUUGUUCGUUUACUUAGGUAGAUUUUUAUUUUUCUUCCUCUCUUUACUUUUUUACACAAGGGAAAAUCUGAUCAUUGUUGAAUCAAAAGAAACCUCAGCUCCGAUAUUCGUUCGAGAUUAAAGUACUGUAAUGUAUAAUAAACAAUACAAUAAUAGAUGAGAUUAUUUUAUA